AUGGAUCUAUUGCUAGAUAACAUACCAAAUAUCAUUAUGGAGCAUAAAAGUGCAAAAUUACAUGUUCAUGAAAAUUUAUCAAGUUUAUUUUAUUAUGGUACGGAAGAAAAUAGUAAAUCUGCUUUUGAAUUAUUUUUUAAAGCAUCCGAAAGUAAUUAUUCAUUAGCCCAAGUUUAUAUUGCUAAAUGUUAUAAUGAUGGGUAUGGAAUAGAGCAGAAUAAAUAUUUGGCUUUCAAAUGGUAUCAAAAGUUGGCAUACUGUUAUGAUAAGGGAAUUGGAAUAGAGAUUAAUAAAGAAAUGGCAUUGGAAUUAUAUAAAGAUGCUGCUGAAAAGGGAAACAAAUAUGCACAAUAUGUUCUUGGUUCAUUUUAUAUAAAAGUUGGAUAUCAUUAUGAUAAUGGAAUUGGAACUCAGUCUUGGAUUACUACAUGA